GUGGUGGGCUUACAAACUCAAGGUCGUCCCCUGUGUUUACUUCAGAUGGCAACUUCUAUUAUCAAGUUGCAUACGCUUUCUGGAGCUGGUGAUAAUGGGACACCAUGCUAUUUGUUGCAAAUAGAUGAGUUUCACUGUCUUUUAGAUUGUGGUUGGUGUGAAAAACUGGAUAGCGCUUAUGUGAGGGAAGUGUCUAAAUGGCUAAACACAUUGAUGCUGUGCUUCUUAGUCAUCAGAGUUUGAGGCACCUUGGGCUGCUUCCAUAUCUCGUAGGAACUUGUGGGCUUAACUGUCCAGUUUAUGCGACAACUCCUGUAUACAAAAUGGGGCAGAUGUUUUUAUAUGAUUUCUAUCAGUCAAGACAUGCAACAGAAGACUUCAGUCACUUUACUUUGGAUGAUGUGGACUUAGCAUUUGAUCAUGUGCAUCAAGUCAAGUAUCAGCAAACGAUCAGUCUUCAUGGUCGCGGCCAUGGUGUUUGUAUAACCCCGCUCCCUUCAGGACAUACUCUUGGUGGAACUAUUUGGAAAUUGGUGAAGGAAGAUACAAGUGUUGUGUAUGCUUUGGAUUUUAAUCACAAAAAGGAGAGACAUUUGAAUGGAGCAACUUUUGAUGCGUGCAUACGUCCUCAUUUAUUGAUCAUGGAUGGUUCGAAUACUUUAUAUACACAACCUAGAAGAAAAGAUCGUGAUGAGAAUCUGCGUCAAAGUAUUCUGAAGAGUUUACGACGUGGUGGGAAUGUACUUAUUGCAGUUGAUACUGCCGGGCGGUGUCUUGAGAUCGCGCAUUUUCUAGAGCAGUGUUGGCUGAACCAGGAAUCUGGUCUCAUGGCCUACGGGUUGGCUAUGUUAAAUUAUGUGGCUUUGAACGUUGUAGACUUUGCUAAGUCGAUGGUUGAGUGGAUGUCUGAAAAAGUAAUGCGAUCUUUUGAAGAUCAAAGGAGCAAUCCAUUUCACUUCAGGCAUAUGCAACUGUGCCACACACUGGAACAACUAGAUGCUGUUUCGGAACCAAAAGUUGUCCUGUCAUCACUUUCAGAUCUUAGCUGUGGAUUUUCUCGGCAGUUAUUCGCUGAAUGGGCCGAUAACGAUUUAAAUACAAUAAUUCUUACUUCUCGAGAUUCUAUCACUUCUGGAAGUGGUGAGUCUUCUGUUCAGAGUUUGAUAUCACGUCUUAUCGGGUUGGCAAGAAAGGAUCUAGACGCCCGAAAAGACCUGCCAACAAGUUCUACUGGGACUUUAAUCCUUCCCUUGACAUUGUCGCAAAGGGUAUCAUGUUCACAGGCAGAACGAUCAAGACCUGAUAUCUCGCACUUGCGGAAUUCUGCCAAAGUUUCCUCAAUUAUUCAGAGUACAGAAUCAACAACUGGUGAUAUUCCUGAUGAACUUACUUCCGAAACUGAAUCUGCAAAUGCAAACGUCAGUUUUACAGAUAUCCCAAUGCCAUCAACAAAUGACGUGACCCAUGAAGAUGUUUCACCACAUGGUGCGGAGGGAGCUCUUGAAAAACGCAUAUCGCAUGGAUCUGAGAUGGAAACUGAAUCAGCACCUAAUGAAAAUCGACCUUGUGGUUCGGAAGAAGCUUCGUACUCAGAUAAAUCCAAGGCAGCUCCUCUCACAUUGUCCCUCGAGAGAGAUCGUUCCCAGAAGACUAUAUCAAGUAGUGUAGCUAAGUUUCUUCCCCAGGCUUGCAUACAAUCUGUGGCCAUGAAUGCAGACUACAUUGGAGGAACAAACAUUCAUUUGACUUCUGGACGACAUCAGGCUGGCUAUGACAUAUAUCCAGGGCUUCAUAAUCAGGCUGGAGGGCAGUUUUUCCGUGUUGCUAAACGUACUCAACUUCUGUUUCCUCAAAAUGAAAAGAAGAUUCACUGGGAUGAAUAUGGUGCACAUCUUGACCCGGAGUUAUUCCCUUCAACAGAACCUGUUUCCAGUCAGGUAACACUACCAAAUUGGGAUGUAAAAAACAAAGAUACAAAGAUAAUUACGGAUAUUAUCACAUCGAGUUUCACAUCUUCAUCAAUUUUGGAUUAUUUGGUUGCUAAAACUCCGCAUUUAGAUGUUCUGGAUUCCAACACUCGUUGUGUAGCACACAAUUUAGAAAUACCCUUACGAUGUGAAAUUAUUUUCUUAGAUUAUGAGGUUAGUUUAUAUGAAUACUUCGACGUGUUCCUUCUCAAUAAAAAAGUAAAUUAAUGAUUCUACUAGUUCUAUCAUAUGAUAUUGUGGAGUUUAAUAGUAAAAAAAAAAAUUUAUUCCAGUCAUUCAGUAUCACCAUGAGAUCUGCCAUUUCCUGUCUAACGGUCCAAAUCGUUAUACUCCAUAUCAACUCAUCAAUAUACCAUAAAACAAACAAGACAAAAGAUAGAAGAAUGUAAAUGCUAAAAUUAAAAGUCGGAGAAAGUCAUGAAAAGCAAAGAAGCGAAAACUAAACGAAUGAGGAAAUGUAUUAUAACAGUUAAGAUAAAGAUUAUGUGUAGAUAAAUCAGCGUCACUUCUACUGAAUUCUGAUUGAGUCAUAAUAUCAUCCAUCUCAGUUGUUAUGGGGAUCAAAAUCGAGAAGUUUGUGUUUACCUACACAGCUCAAAAUAACAGUCAGGGACUCUAUGGACUAGUUUCAUAUUUUUAUACCGAUAUCUACCUACUUGGUAAUAUGUAUAUGAGUGUUGUAGCAUUGAAAGCCUGAACUUAGUAAUAGAAAAUCAGUCGUGUGGAUCGUAGAUUAAUGACUCUGUAGUGGUGUAUUAACCACUGAUGAUUAACACUUUACGUACUCAAUAAUAAAGCAGAAUAUAAGAGCUGCUUAAUUGACACUUUUGGUAGAAAUGACAAGUCUUCUCCGUAAUAAAGUUAUUAAAAAAAGUAUUUUGUUUUUAUUAUCAUUACUAUCACCAUCAUCAGUGGUCUCAGUAGAGACUCCAUUGCAUGCUUAUCUUUUUGUGGAUACACCUCAUGAUUAAAAGUAAAUGUAACAAUAAUUACACAGUUUAUCAGAACCUCUUCUCGGUAGUUUUUUUGCAAUUUCUACAUCUCAUAUUUAGAAUGUUUUUCCGAUGCUUUACUUUUUAGUUAUUUGUUUCCAAGUGAGUUGUCUACGGUUGACUUUGAUGUUGAGUACCAGUUGGAUGGUUGCACUUCUCUGCAUGAUCAGAGGGUUUGAGACGAUUCAACCUGAGUGAUUCGUAAAGAGAAAUCGAAAGACUGGAAUCAAAUGAGUUUAUAGUAUGCCGGACUGAAAACGUUAAUGAGUGAAAACGGACUCUAUUUAUAGAGUUUGCAGUAACUUUGAAAGGCAAGAGAUGAUUGGUGCAUUUAAAGAGUCAGGAGCCAAUCAGAACGCUAGCGGGUCAUAUGAAAUGUAACCCAUGCUCGAGAGAAUAAAGUGCGAAGUAAAACAGUUUAAAUAUACCCAAACUGUAAGUAUGGAAUAUAAGGGAUAUAGGCAUCCCUUACAGUUGUUGAAUAUUGUGUCUAUCUAUUUGCAGCAGAAUCUUGCAAAUGCGUACAAAAUCGGUCACGUAUUUUUCAACUAUUGUGUUCACAUUCUUAUUUUCGAAACAACCAAUCCGGUUUACUAUAUUAUAUGCGCAGAAAGUAUUCAUAACAGCAUAUGAUUUUUAGUGAUGAUAAAUGUUCUGCAGCCCUUCUUAAGAGAUUUCUUACCUUUAGGGUCGAUCAGAUGGAGAGGCUAUGAAGCGUAUUCUAAUCGGUUUAAGACCACAAGAGGUCAUUCUGGUUGGCAACAAUUCACUAGCUGUUGAUCAUCUAGCAAAUUAUUGUCGCGGUGUUAUGCUUUUGGACCAGAGUUUAAUACAUAUUCCACAUGCCCAAGAAGUUGUCAAUUGUACUAAAGAAGGUGAUAUUUAUCAGGCGCGAAUGAAAGAUAGUUUAGUUUCUAGUUUGAAAUUUACAAAGAUACGUGAUUAUGAAUUGGCUUGGGUUGAAGCCACUGUAUCACUUGACGAUAAAUCUGAUUAUCACAUUCAAGAAAAGUUGUUAGAAGAUGAUGUGGAAAUGUCCAAUGGUAAUCAUCUGGAAUUGGAAUCCAAAAGUCGUACACCUUUGGCUGCUGAUGAGUUACCAGUUCUUGGCCUUCCAAACGGUCCUGUAGGUCACCAUGAAACUGUAUUCGUAAAUGAACCGAAAUUAUCUGAUCUGAAACAACUCUUGCUAUCACAAGGUUUAAUGGCAGAAUUUGUCAGUGGGAUAUUAGUCGUGGACAAUUGUGUAGCUAUCAAACGAUCAGAAGCUGGUAAAUUACUGCUGGAAGGUUUAUUGUGUGGCACUUACUUUGAAGUGCGUCGAAUUCUGUAUCAACAAUUCGCUAUCCUAUGAGGAUAUGAGAUAGAUAACAUCUUAUUUUACUCCCCUAAUUAUGUACAUAUAUUCAUUCUGUCAAAUAAAUAUGUUGUUUUGCU